CUAACCCAACAAAACAAACAAAGCGCACUUGGUAACGAAACACUGAGGAACCUUCCAGGAUUCCUAGGACCUAGAGAUAACCUACGUGCCAACUGCCAAGGCACUGAAGAAGCUGAUAAUGAAGGAAGAUGAUUUUAUACAAUCAUGUGCCUUAUUUUUUGUCUUCAUACCAAACUGUGCUGCAGUCAAUAAAAACAUAAUGUUCUGCAGCGAUGGGAAAGCAACUGAACUAGCAUAUAGCGCAAUAGAUGAAUGUCAGUGGAGUAAAUGUCCCUUGAAGGCACAUGAAAUCAACAGGCUAAAAUUAACCUGUUUGAUUCAAGAGAAUUUGGACCAUCAAAGGUAUUUGUUGGAAAAGCUUCAAGACAUGGAGGUGGGGGCUGCCCUCCCGCUGUACGGCGGCGGGGCGCAGCUGCGGCCCGGCCGGCUGCAGCUGCCCGCCCAGCUGCGCCAGCUCACCGAGCGGCUGGCGCAGCUGCAGCUGCGGCCGCAGCCGCUGACGGCCCGGCUGGUGCGGCGCGUCUCGGAGCUGCUGCACCAGCUGCGCCCCAGCGGAGCGCCGGCGGCCGGCUGGCGCCAGGCCGCGCAGUCGCUGUCGCGGAAGGGCCCGUUUGAGCCGUGGCCGGGGUUCGGAGACACGCUGGUUGCCAUGGCAACCGGCCGCAUCACCAGCGCAGAUGUCGCCACGGUCGGCAGCCAGCUGAAGCUGCUGCUGACACUGGAGGGAGACCAGCAGAUUCUGUUCAAGCCGCAAUGGUACCGCCGGGACCGUCCGCUGCGCGGCGGCCUGCUCUCGGGCCGAGACCGGCCGCACGCCGAGCUGGCCAGCUGGCACCUGCAGCGGCUGCUGGCUGUGGGCCGCGCGCCGCCCGUCACCGGACGCGCCCUGCGGCUCGACGCCGAGGUGCGGCCCGUGGCCACCGCCCGACUGCGACGGACCAUCACCCGGAGAGGACCCCGCUGCUGUGUGUCGGGCGAGUGCCGCUACUGCUCCCCGGAGCGGCCCGUCUGCACGGACAGCGCCGGGCUGCUGGCGGGCGCUGCGGUCCUCUGGCUGCCGGCCGGCGGCUCGCUGCGCAGCCACCCGCACCCCUGGCAGCGCACCUACACCGGCCAGCCGGCGAGGUGGGAGCAGGAGGCCCAGUUCUGCCGCCACGUGCGCUCCCUGCUCAAACCGCACCGACUGCUCGACCUUGUGGACGCCGCUGUGUUGGACUUCCUGAUUCAGAACGGCGACCGGCACCACUACGAGACGCUCGGCCGCGGCGGGCCCAUGGUGCUCAUCGACAACGGCAAGAGUUUCGGGGACGCUGAUGUGGACCACCUGGACAUCCUGGCGCCGCUGCUGCAGUGCUGCAGCCUGCGCCGGCGCACGUGGCGCGCGCUGCGCGCGGUGCCGGCCGGCCAGCUGGGUCCGCUGAUGUCGGUGGUCGCCGCCGACCGUCUGGGGCCGCUGCUCACGGCGCCGCACCUGAGCGCGCUCAGCCGCCGCCACCAGGUGGUGCUGGAGGUGGUGCGCUGGUGCGAGCAGCACAGCCGGCCCGGCCACCACGUCCUCGUGGGGGACUGAUGUACGGACCUCGCGGGCGACUGAUGUACAGUCCUCGCGGGCGACUGAUGGACGGUCCUCGUGGGCGACUGAUGUACGGACCUCUGGGCGACUGAUGUACGCACCUCGUGGGCGACUGAUGUACGGACCUCAUGGGCGACUGAUGUACGGUCCUCAUGGGCGACUGAUGUACAGUCCUCGUGGGCGACUGAUGUACGGACCUCGUGGGCGACUGAUGUACGGUCCUCGUGGGCGACUGAUGUACGGACCUCGUGGGCGACUGAUGUACGGUCCUCGCGGGCGACUGAUGUACGCACCUCGUGGGCGACUGAUGUGGGGUUCUGGCGGGCGACUGAUGUGGGGUUCUGGCGGGCGACUGAUGUGGGGUUCUGGCGGGCGACUGAUGUGGGGUACAGGUGGGCGACUGGCCGUUGGGCUAAGGGCCGAGCGUGGUAUGGCCGAAGCGGGACACAAGUGUGACCGGAGUUCGAGCCAAGUGUCGCUGGAGUUGGAGCCGAGUGUAAUGGGAGUUGGAGCCGAGUGUAGUCGGAGUUGGAGCCGAGUGUAGUCGGAGUUGGAGCCGGGUGUGGCUGGAGUUGGAGCCGAGUGUUAGUCGGAGUUGGAGCCGAGUGUAGUCGGAGUUAGAGCCGAGUGUGGCUGGAGUUGGAGCCGAGUGCAGUCUGAGUUCGAGCCGAGUGUGGCUGGAGUUGGAGCCGAGUGCAGUCUGAGUUCGAGCCGAGUGUGGUGGCAGCUGGGGCGGAGUGAGGUCGGGAUUCGGAAAGGCCUGGCCGAGGUGUUGAGUGGAGAGUGGACGUGGUCGGACCCGUAUUCGAUGAUGAGGAUUGUGGAUGGACGAACACAGAGUAGCGAAAGGGUGGCGACAAAGUGAGAGAGGGCUGUAUAAACCGGGCUGCCGCGGCCCUCACUUCAUGCCAAUCCGUCAAUAACUGCUGUGUGUUGACGGUAUUAACUGAAGUGCAAAAUACAUGCGCAUUACACAAGGCUAGUCGCGUUGAGAAUGCGGUUUUAUAGUAAUAUAGAUGUACCGUGCACCGGUGAUCUUGCUAUAGAGGUAUGUCUUACUGUUAGACUGCUUCGUGAAGUACAUUGUCAGGCAUUUUGGUUUGCCGCUGCUUAGUGCACGGUUCGUAUUAGCUAGCGCUAGUUCACGUAUCUUUUUUUUUACUUUUAAGCCAAUAACCAUUUGGUGCGCUAUUUGUUGUUUCUACCAUUGUGUCGAGCACCUCUGUAUCACCGAAGUUCGCUACAAUAUACCAACAAUGCGGCC